AACUAACUGCUCUGUCUACAGGUCCACUCAACACUCGUAGUCAGCUGUAGGAUUAGUCAGUCCGCUCACUGCGCUGCCUGCCAACUGCAGAGGGACUGGAGCAGACCUCUGAGGCCCAGUGGAGAAGGAACAUGAAUGAAAACACCAAGGACAAAGAGGUACUGAAGCAGAUUGAGAGGGAGGUGCGGAUGCGGGAAGGGGCCAGUAAGCUGCUGGCAGCCUGUUCUCAGAGAGCACAGGCCCUCGAGGCAUCAAAGACCCUGCUUACCUGCAAUGCCCGCAUCCUGGCACUGCUCAGCCAACUGCAGAAGAUGAGGAACGCUCAAAUCCUACAGAGAGCGGGACGCAGGCCAUCAGAAGAUACAGUGCCAUGUAAGGGAAAGGUAGCCCUUUCAGACCUGCGAAUCCCUCUCAUGUGGAAAGACUCAGAAUACUUCAAAAACAAAGGGGAGCUACAUCGUUGUGCCGUGUUCUGCCUGCUUCAGUGUGACACAGAGAUCUACGACACCGGCCUGGUGAUGGUGGACAGGACUUUGACUGACAUCUGUUUUGAAGACACCGUCAUAUUCAAUGAGGUAGAUCCAGGCUUCCAUCUGCGCGUCGAGCUGUACAGCAGUUGUGUGGUGGAGGAUUUCUCCCCAGGGGCUCUAGGACCCAGGAGAGUGAGUCGUCUGGGGGGCUCUUUGGGGGGCUCCUCGGGGAAGAAGAUCCGUGCUGCCUUCGAGUCUGCAGCCAUCUGUGGAUAUGUCUCCAGUGGAGAAGACGCGGGACCAGGAAGUGUGUCCCCGCCUGCACCCCCUCAUCUGUCCGCACUGGGGCCAAAGUACAACUUGGUGGCUCACGCAACUCUGACAGUGGAACAUGUGCAGGAAGGUUUCAAGACACAUGAUUUGUCACUGGCAGCAGCAGAGUGGCUGCCUCUCUAUGGAAAUAUGUGCUGCCGCUUAGUUGCUCAGCCUCUGUGCAUGAUUCAGCCAGUCAUAAGUGGUCAACUCGAGGUCAAGCUUGGAGAGGACCUCGAUUGCUGGGAGAAUGUCUACGGCAUCCUCAGGGGACAAAGUCUGCUCUGCUAUGAGAGUCAAGAAGACGUGGAGUCCGAGGACGAGCCAUUACUUGUAAUCCCCAUCAAAAAGGAUACCCUUCUCUGUGCGUUCGAGAGAGAUGCCAUCCAUUCUCAGAGACUCUACAUCAGCACACAGUGUCAUGGAGAGGAUGUAUCCUACACACUGACUUUGCACAUACCUGAAGACACGCAGCGCUGGAAUGAAGCCCUCUGGCAGCAGAUCUUUAACAUAAGCCAGUGGAAGCAGUGUUGUCAUCACCUCAUGAAGAUUGAAAUGCAGAGCCCCAGGAAAUCCAUUGCAGUGAAGCAGGGAUCGCUAUACCAUGAAAUAGUUACACCUUCCUCUCCCAUAGAGGGUCAUGUGGUUCCGGAUUUAUCUGUAGUGAUCCGCAAUUUGCUCUCUUCCUACUACAAGGAAAGGCAGGCAUUCUCUCACAUAGCACUUUUCUUUCACAUUUUUCAUUUUGGCUUCUGCAGGAUUUUGUUUAAGGGAUUAGCUUUCUGUUUGUAUAUUGUCAUCAUAACACAUAGCUUACUGUAAUUCCUGUUUGUUUUGACAAUCCAAUAAGGCUUGCAUUGGACUUUUGGCACGGCUAGUUGAAGAAAGAACAUGAUUAGCAAAGCAAGAAAAUUUGGCAAAAGAUUAAGGAAAGAGGCUUCACAAAAUAGGAAGGCAAAUUAAACAUGAAUUAAAUCAGUUGCAAACUUUCAAUUGACCCAGUCAAAAUUGUCAAGUCUUUCAAUCAUUAUUUUUACUGAUUGAAAGGCCCAAUCAAUAAAAUAUUGGCCUCUAUUUCAGUUGCAAUAGAGGCUGCAGUUACAAUUACUCAAUUGGAGGCUGCAGCCCUGCAGCCAACAUCCCCUUCAUUAGAUGGUGCUCAACCACCCUUUCGCAUUAGAGAUAUUCUUCCAAACUCAGAUGUUGCAAGAUGUUUUUGCCCAUGAAAAAACCAUAUGGCAAAGUAUCACAAAGAUGAAAGGACAUAAUAGAUACUGUUACAACUUAAAUCUCAAAGACACAGUAAAACAAUAAAACGAGCAACAAUAUAUACGGUUAUCUGGAUUAGAAAUGACCACUACGGAUAUAAGAUUUUGGCCUACUCACAGGCAGUAUUUAAUAUUGUUUAAAGUGGAGUUGCUUUCCACCUGAAAAAUAGCACAUUUUCACUGCACCAGUGCAGUUUGUAUCUAGAACCAAAUACUCUAUAGAGAUGGCUAACUGCAUUUUUUUAGAGAAGGUUAAAUCAUUGUUGGUUAAGGGUGAAGUUGUCUGGGCUGUGUUUUUUGACUUUAGGUAAAGGUUUGAAAUUGUAAAUCAUGCUGUUAUUCUUUCAAAUCUAUCUACUUUUAGUGUUUCCCUAGAUACCCAUGCUGAGACAUUUACUGAUUUCAGUUUGUCAAAGUCAAAAACCAUCAAUCAACUGCUCUCACUCUUAUCUACUGGCAUCCCACAGGGAUUUUGUUCAUAUCUUACUGACAUGCAAUGUGUAUACUCCCAACAAAGCGACUUAAAUGUAUGCUGACGACACAAAUAUGUGUGCACAGCAUUACAGAGACUCUACCUUAACUAAUGCAAUGGCAAAAACAAUUAUGUCAAAAAUCACAAGCAUGUGAUUGCACAAAGACAAGUACUAAAGAUUUGGGGCCAUAUAUACUUGUAAUUCAACAAAUACAAAUAUUUCAAAUACAUGGGGAUUGUGCUUGAUUCAAGGAUCUCCUCCAAAAGUUAAGAAGGGUUGCAAAAGGAUCAAGUAUAACUUAGUAAAUUUCAGAUUCAAAAGAAAGUCUAGACUACUGGAAUGUACAAGAAUGCUAUGACCGUAUUGCACCUAAACUACUGUUUAACUAGGUCACAAGCAAGUAAUUGGAGGCCACUUGAUUUAUCAUGCAAACAAACCAUUGCAACUGUCGAUAAGAAAUUUUAUAAUUUUCACCUCUGUAACACACAGUUGAGCUGGGAAAAUCUGAUCAAACAUGCAAAUAUGUAUCAAUUGUAGGUAUGGCUACUCACCCACUCAAAUACUUUGUUGGGAAGACAAAAUACAAGUCAGAGUAGAAAAUAAGUAAGUAAAUCAACUGCAAUAUUCCUCUAAGAUAAUGAACUUUUUCAAUUCAAGCAGCACACAAAAGGAGUCAUGUACCAAUACACAUCAGAGAGUCACUGAGUCACUGAAUCGUUCAGCACAAGUUUGGAUGCUCUCUCCAUCUCAGAAAUGUCUGUCAAUAUACAAAUUGCAUGCUCUGAAAUUGCCAUGUUGCUUGAUUUAAGUUAACGGUCUCUUUUUGCAAUGUCUUCUGUAACUCAAACUGCUCUGUAACUGAUAGUUGUUGGUAUGUUAAGCCAUUAUUUUUAUUUUAUUUUAUUUAUUUAAUUUAGCUUCCUAUUUCAGUUCUCUGAAUAUGCUUGUAUGUGUUCUGCUUUUAUGCAAGUGACAUGUUUUACAUUAUGAAUAUUGUUUUAAACUUCUUUAUGAUUUAAGGCUGCCAACUUUACACCUGGCAAAGGACUACAAAUGAAAUGUUUAGCCUUAAGACAAAUUCUUGGAUGUUUAUAGUAAUGUAUAUUAACAUGCACUGUCUCUGUGAACUAAGGUAAAAUAGAAGCAGUGCAGCACUAAGUAGGACGUGCCUCUGUUUCCGAGGUAUUAAAACGAAUGCUGAUGUUUCAACAGUCUUGUUCAGAAGAACAAAAAGUCUGCUGGAAUUUCACUCACCUGCACUGACAAAAGGUGUUGAGUGAAUAAAUGCCCACCCACAUUUGACAUUCAAUAACAAUGAAUAAUUUGCCAUGCUUAUUUUUCUGGCAGUAUUUCAGUGGAAAUAAUGUCUCAGCAAAGGCAAUAUGUACGAGAUAAAAUCUUGCUGAUAAUAUCUCACUGUGUCUAUAUAUUUUACAUACCUCUUCUACGUAUCAAUGUAUUUUAUAAUCCAUAUCCAUUUAUUUUAUAAUCAUAUCCUUGGUUUAAGUCUGUUUUAUAUCAGCAGUUGUAUUAACUUGCUUAAGUGCUUAGUGAAAUUGCAGCUCAAUUUCAGUGGAAUUACUGUGGGAGGUUUACUGCUCAUUGUGUGCAGCUCUGGAGUUAGUCAGGCUUCAUUAUCAAGUCCUAAUUAUAUACUUGGGUAGAACUUCUUGCUUUGUCUGUUUGUUCUUUAUCAUGGAAAGAGCAAUAACUCACAGUGGCAUGAGUCACAGAUUGUUCUUUCAUGCACCUGCUGAGGUCGACAGGUACAUGGCUAAAAAUAUGACAUCGGAGCUCAGAAAGAUAUAUACUGCUUUGAUCUAAACACAUACCGGUCCUUUUAUACAAUGUGGGCUAUGUCACCACACACUAACUGAUAAUUUGACUACUUAGAAUGGCAAACACUCAGGGUUACAAGUUUAGGUCAGUACAUAAUGUACCUCAGUGUCAAAUACUACAGAUAUUGUUCAGGAGUGUGGUGGUUUGUGUGCAGAGGAAGGCCAGAGGUUGGUCAAUUGAUGUCCUGGAGAACAGGUUUUGCUGGAGACUGUGAUAGUUGAUAUAUGUGAAGUCACAAGCUAAGAAGUCAAAUAGUCCAGAUUUUACAAUGGUGGCUUUGUGUAACUUUGAAUGCAAAUAAGAAACACUGUUACCAGCUUAAAUAAAAAGCAGUCUAUGAUCUGAUGAGUAUCCUGUAAGCCACACCAUGAGGCUGUAUAAGGUAUACCGAUGCUGGAGUCUCUACAUCAGGAUAACAUCAUCCUCUGUAUCAGAAGCUGCACUUAAGUCUUGUAAAAUAAGAAUGCAGUGUCUGCAUUGAUUACAUUACACUUGACGUUACAUUAAUUUUGCUGACGAUUUUUGUCCAAACCGACUUACAACCAUCGAUUUUUUUAUUCAUUUGAAUUUAACUUAAGAUGAUUGGUAGUGUUUUCUGUGUCAUGAUUUAUUUGCACAAAUCCUGAAUGAACUUUUUCUUUUAAUACUGUUGUCUGACAGGGCUUUCACAAGCUGCAAAACCUCACACCUUAUAAUGUGUUCUUACUGGGAAUAUAUUUAAAAAAACAAACAAGCAGUGGAUCUGAUAAAUAUUUCCUGUCAGUAGGUCAGGUGAAUGAAACCUGGCAAGAAUGACCUCAUAUGCCUGUAAAAGGAACCACAUCCUCAUACCAACCAACGCUAAGAUAAGAAAUUGGCGAACUCAGUGUGAGCUGAUGUGUGGAUGGAUACCAGCAUGAAUAGUUUCAAAUGCCAGGAAGAUGUGAUAUGUGCUUUAUUUAAUCCGUCCUAGUACGUGUGUGCGUACGUGUGUGCGUGUGUGUGCGUGUGUGUGUGUGUGUGUGAGAGAGAGAGAGAGAGAGAGAGAGAGAGAGAGAGAAAAACAAUGUCCAUGCCAAUAUACUUGCUUCGUUACACAUCUUGUACCUAGCAUUGAUAGCCAUCUCAAGUCUACAAGUGGAAAGUCAAUCUCAAGUCUCCAUGUCAUUGGUGCUCACUUCUUUGUAUGAUAUGCUCUUGUGUGUGUGUGUUAGAGAGAGAGAGACAGACAGGCAUGGAGGGUCGGAGCGAAUGAAUAUUCCGCGCCUGGCUUCUUUAAUGAAAUAAGAAUUUAUCAUUUGAAGCAGAAAAAGAAUAAAUUAAAAUCAAUAUGUGGGAGCCUCUGUUCAUAUUGGGGCAAUGGCCACAAAAAAAAUCAAUGUGUGAAAUAUUUUUGGAUCAUUAUAAAGCAUGGAGGUCAGAGGACGUCAUCUGAGUAGUUCGGUCCUUCAGUGUGGCCCGGGUCACAUUUGCGUUUACACUGCUAAAAGAAGGUGGCCACGUGUCCCAGACCAGCUCUAUAUGUGGACUGAGGGAUCAGAUCUCAGAUGUGUCCUCAAUGUGUCGUGGGUGCGUUCACACCUGUACUCAGGGCUGUGUACUUGUGAUCAGAUCACCUGAGACAUUUGUUAAUGCCAUUGCUAAACAGAUGAUACUGUAGAUAGAUGGAUGGUAACUGAUGAUGCAAUGCUUAUGUGAUGCUAUUUUAGUCAAACUGUCCUCUUUUGCUGGUACGACAGUUUUCUCUGGUUUUAUU